UUCAUCAUCAAUAAAAGUCAACAUUAGUCAAACUUCAGUUGUCUCACUAAUAUUAAACUCGAAACUCUAACUCAUCUUGCUGUUUUUAGUAAAUUAUUCAUGAUUGAAGAAUAUAUUGCGAUUGUUUGUCUCAUGAAUCAAACAUAAUAAACACCAUUUCGUCUUUCGAAACCUGAUUUUAUCAAGCUUUAUUUAUCUGGCUAUGCGACAGCAGUAUGCUCUUUUCAAAUUGUGCGUUUGAUUAUCUGUUUAAUUCAUCUUGGUCGGAAUUGAUCUAUAGCUAGCUAGUAGCGGUAAGAGAAACAUCAAAUUUGUUCAAAACUUAAUGCAAGAUACCCUAACACGCAAUUUACUAUAAAACUAUCUUCGUUACCUUGUCUUAACUGUGUCGUAGCUAAUUUCCUUGAUAUACAGUUGGUUUCAAAGCUUAAAAAAUUUGCACACAUUUUCCUGGCAUUUCUAAUUUGUAAUUAAAAAACUUGAUCCUUGUUAUUUAUUCAUUAACUACUAUUCUGUUGACCUUUCGGUUGACCUUUGACGUCUCUCUCUCCUCUUCUUUGGUCUUUGGUGUGUCCUUUGUGUGACUUUGUGCAUGGGCGAAGAAGUGACCAUAGUCGUGGUGGGCGAUGGAGUCGUGGGCAAGAGUUGUCUUUGUUCCAUGUUCUCCGGAAAUUCAUUUCCAGACGCGUACAUUCCGACUGUGAUGGAUGUGUCACAUGGCAGUGUGAUGGUGGAUGGGAAGAAGGUGAGAGUGGAGAUCCAGGACACAGCGGGCAGUGACGACUUCGACAGGAUCCGACAGCUGCAGUACCCCAAAGCUAACGCAUUCGUCAUUGUAUUCGCCAUAGAUGCAAGAACAUCGUUCGAAAAUGUCAAAAUUAAAUGGGCUCCCGAGAUUAAACACGCCGCCCCUGGAAAGCCCUUCAUACUAGUCGGAAACAAGAGUGACUUACGGGGAACAGAAGAAGCACUAGUCACGACAUCCGAAGGGCAGGCCAGGUGCACAGAAAUAGGAGCUCAACUUUACAUGGAGACAUCUGCGCUGAGAAAUACAAAUGUACACAAUUUGUUCGCAGAAGCAGUCAAAAUGUACAAAUCUCCGAAGAAGAAACGAGGGAAAAAACAGAAGACAUGUCUUAUUUUAUGAGCGAAUCCUUCUUACCUGAAAAUUAAGUUUAAACUUUAUUGAAACUCUUUAAUUUAAAGUUUACAAAAAAUCAAUAUUUGAUAGUCAUCAAUUUGUAUACUAUUUCCGUCUUAUUAUUGUUCGCCCUCAAG